CGUAUCAUUAUAGAAUAUUCAAUUCGAAUAUUCUGAAAUUAAGAACAUUUGCACUCCAUAAGAAUAUUCAUAGAACUAUGUGUGCUAUCUGGGUAGAAAUAAUCGCACUCGCACUAGAUAGCAAGGUACUCAAAUAUAUGUAACAACGAGAACAUUCUGACUUUCCGCAAUCUGAUACAUUGCACAUCUGAUGAUGUGCUAUGCAAAUAGGCUUUAAGGAAGUCCAAAGUAGUUGUAAUGAAUUCACAUCGUUAAAUUAUACUUCGGGUAGGGAUAUUCUUCGUUAUAAAAAGUCGUAUGUGCAUUGCUUUGCCUCUCAGUCGUGAGUCAUCGCGUUAUGGUGUUAUUAUAGUUUCGACAUAUCCUUAAUUAACAUUUUUUUCAUCAGAACGAACCGUCGAACUUUGGACAGUGCAAUUAGUCUGGAUUAAUACAAAAAUUAAUUAUCAGUCUUGCUCCAUUGAUGAGAUAAUUCUUUGGUAAGAAAAAGUUGACGAUAGAUUUUGGCAUUGACGAAAGUGAAGAACAAUCUUGUGGAAACGAUGCCUGUGCCUAAAUCAAAGUUCCCCAAAUUAGCCAGCACACCUGGCGAGGAAAUCGUUAUUUCUGGCAUAGCUGGUAGAUAUCCGGAUUCUGACAAUGUAGAACUGCUCAAGAAUAAUCUGUUCAACAAGGUCGACUUGGUUACGGAUGAUGAUCGUCGAUGGAGAUUUGAUCAUGCGGAAAUUCCUCAGCGACUCGGAAAAAUCAAUAAUGUCGGCAAAUUCGAUGCGCUAUUCUUUGGAGUACAUUUUAAACAGGCGCACACGUUGGACCCGAUGUGCAGGAUGUUACUGGAGCAUGCUUAUGAGGCCGUCAUCGAUGCGGGAAUUAAUCCGAGGCAGUUACGUGGAUCGCGAACUGGUGUUUUUAUAGGCACAUGUUUCUCUGAAUCUGAGAAGACUUGGUUCUAUGAGAAGUUGCAGGUAAACGGCUUCGGUAUUACCGGAUGCAGCAGGGCUAUGCUGGCAAACAGGAUUUCUUACUGGCUGGGAAUACAUGGACCGUCAUACACCCUGGAUAGCGCCUGCAGCUCAAGUCUCUACGCCCUGGAGAAUGCUUAUCGGUCCAUACUAGACGGACAGUGCGACUCUGCCAUCGUGGGUGGAUCAAAUCUGUGUCUUCACCCUUAUGUAUCGCUGCAAUACUCUCGUCUUGGAGUUUUAUCGUCCGAUGGCACGUGCAAGUGCUUUGAUGCCAGUGCAAACGGCUAUGUCCGUAGCGAAGCGAUUUGCGUCCUGUUUCUGCAAAAGGCGAAGGACGCAAAGAGAAUUUAUUCUACGGUCGUCCAUAGUAAGACGAAUUGCGACGGUUUCAAGGAGCAAGGCAUUACGUUUCCAUCAAGCGUAAUGCAGAGCGCUCUGCUACGCGAUUGCUACGAAGAAAGCGGUAUGUCGCCAAGCAGCGUGUCUUACGUAGAAUGUCACGCGACUGGCACCAAAGUCGGUGAUCCCGAAGAAUUAAACACGAUCGAAAAUAUUUUCGUUAAAGACAGAACCACUCCCCUGCUGAUUGGUUCUGUUAAGUCGAAUAUUGGCCACACCGAGCCCGUCAGCGGUCUUUGUCAAAUCACAAAGGUGGUGAUAGCAAUGGAGACCGGUACGAUUCCACCUAAUUUACAUUACAAGACGCCAUUAAAAGGCAUGAAAUCUCUCGAGGAUGGUAGACUCAAAGUCGUUACCGAUACGACGCCUUGGGAAGGUGGCUACGUGGGUAUUAAUUCCUUCGGUUUUGGCGGAGCCAAUUGUCACGUAAUAUUAAAAUCCCAUACGAAAGCGAAGAUCAAUAAUGGCGCCAAGACUGACGAUUUACCUAGACUUGUGGUGGUGUCUGGUCGUACUGAAGAAUCUGUCAAAGUAUUUUUAAAUGAUGUCGAGAGACAUGCAAAUGAUGUCGAGUAUGUCCGUUUACUGCAUGAUAUUCAUGCUGAUGAUAUCCAAGGACAUUUGUAUCGGGGACAUACGAUAAUCGGUUCGAAGACAGCAGAGAAACCCAUAAGGCAAAUAGAUAAUUUUUCAGGAACGACGAGACCGAUCUGGUUCGUAUUUUCCGGAAUGGGAUCGCAAUGGCCUGGCAUGGGUAUCGAGUUGAUGAGAUUUCCUGUCUUCGCUCAAGCCAUUCAGAAAUGUGAUGCUGUCUUACGGCCGCGUGGUGUGGACCUUAUGAAUAUUUUAACGAACAAGGAUAAAUCUAUGUUCGACAAUAUUCUGAACUCCUUCGUGGGCAUCGCGGCAGUACAGAUUGGUCUGGUCGAUCUCUUGACGUCGAUAGGCAUCGUGCCGGAUAAUAUCAUUGGCCAUUCUGUCGGAGAACUUGGCUGCGCCUACGCGGACGGUUGCUUCACUGCCGAGCAGAUGAUCCUGUCAGCAUACUCGAGAGGUUUAGCGUCUAUCGAAAGUGAGUUGAUUUUCGGUUCGAUGGCAGCCAUCGGUCUUGGUUACGAAGAUAUCAAAAAUAUGUGCCCAUCGGACAUCGAGGUCGCCUGCCACAAUGCUGCGGACAGCAGUACUAUCAGUGGGCCCGCGGAAUCUCUGAAGAAAUUCGUCGCACAAUUACAGGCUAACAAAGUCUUCGCGAAGGAAGUGAACUGCAGCAACAUAGCUUACCACAGUCGUUACAUCGCGCCCGCUGGACCGAAACUCUUGACUUACUUAACUGAAGUAAUCCCCGAGCCGAAGCCACGCAGCCGGAAAUGGGUGAGCACGUCCGUUCCUCGCAACAAGUGGUUCACCGCGUCUGCCAAGCUGUCGUCCGCCGAGUAUCACACCAACAAUCUUUUGAGCCCCGUAUUAUUCGAGGAAACGGCACGCAUGAUUCCCAAGGACGCAGUGACCAUCGAAAUCGCGCCUCACGGUCUUCUGCAAGCCAUCCUGAGACGAUCCCUUGGCUCAGGCGUCACCAACAUUCCGCUCACCCAGCGCGGCCACAAGGACAAUGCGGAGGUCUUCUUGCAAGCGAUCGGCAAGCUUUACAACACUGGAUUGCAACCAGACAUUGCUAAACUCUAUCCGCCUAUCGAAUAUCCGGUUAGCCGCGGUACCCCGAUGAUCUCUCCUUCUAUUAGAUGGGAACACUCUGAUGAUUGGUACGUCACGUCGUUCAAAACGCAAAAGAAAGUCACUUCCGGUGAGAGAAUCGUUACUAUCUCGCCGAAGAAUGAAGACCAUGUAUAUAUGACCAAUCAUGUCCUCGACGGAAAGAAUUUGAUACCCGCCGUAGCGUAUCUUGGCAUGGUCUGGGAAACGAUGGCUCUGCUGCAAGCAGAGGCACACACGAACCUGUCGGUUGUCUUCGAGGAUCUCACUUUCAUGCGUGCCACGCAUUUUCCGAAAGAAGGCGAAACCCAACUAACGGUGAUGGUUCAGAAAGGUACUGGAAAAUUCGAAGUGUCGGAAGACGACAUUGCGAUUGUAAGCGGAUUAAUUCGCGUCACGCCGAAUCCCCCUUCAGAAAAGGUGUCGCCCGCACUUUUGCCAGAAGAUACCGACGAGGAGGAAGUAAUGAACACUGAAGACAUUUACAAGGAGUUCAGACUACGCGGUUAUCAGUAUGCGGGUCCCUUCUGCUCCUUGAAGAGCACGUCGAUUUCAAUGACAAAAGGACACCUCGCUUGGACAGGUAACUGGGUGACGUUUAUCGAUGGCAUGCUGCAGCUGAUGCUUCUGGGAAUGGACACGAGAGAUCUCUACCUAGUCACGAGAAUACAAAAGAUUGUGAUUGACACUAAGCUUCAUCAGCAAGAGGUUCAAAAGCUUCAUUCGGUAGAUAGACAACUUCCCGUACGUGUCUACAAAGACUGGAAUAUAGCUAUGUCAGGCGGAGUUGAAAUUCGAGCUCUCGUAUCUACAGCCAUACCUCGUCAACUAAUGCAUGCUGACCCGAUCCUCGAAAACCACAAAUUCGUAGCGCACCGCGACGGAGCGCAGGUUUCCCUGCAAGAAGCAAUGAGAUUGUCGACGCACAUCGCGCUUGAAUGUCUUCAAACCGCCCACAUGAAAGCCAUCGAAUUGAUUGACAAUUCUGAUAAGGUGGCAGUGAACGAGUUGGCGUCACCUAUCCUCAUCGAGAUCUUAAAUGAUACACCUAUCGUUCAGGCGAACGUGUGUCUAGCAUCAAAUCGGUUUGCCAUGGGCGAGUUACCUUCAGAUCUGACUCGCGUAGAUAUAAGGAGAGUAUCAAAAGAUGCGGCACUGGUUGUCGGUAUCGAGCUCCUUACGAAGAGCAAGAAUGACCAACUGCAGCAGGUUGUGUCAAUACUGAGGAACGGUGGUUUCGUCUUGACGCGAGAGAAAUCGCCCAAGCCUGACAAUCUCUCGGCACUUUCAAAAUAUCAUUUAGACAUAAUCCUAGAAAAGAGUACUGGCAAGGAGAACAUUAUACUUUUAAAGAAGAAAGAGAUGAUCAGGAAAACAGAAGUAGUUUAUAUUAAGAACAAUGAAUUCAGCUGGCUGAAAAAGUUAAAUUCUGUUAUGAAUGCGGAAAGUAAAAAUACGGAGAAUGUGAGAAUAUUACUCGUUGGCGAGGGCGACUACGAGUGCGGCUUGCUAGGCUUCGUGAACAGCCUGAGAAGAGAACCAGGCGGAGAGAUCAUUCGAAGCGUCUUGAUACAAGACAGCAAGGCUCCUGCGUUUUCUCCGCAGAAUUCUUUCUAUUCGGAACAGAUUCAGCUGGAUUUGCCUAUCAAUGUAUUGCGGCCGGGCAAAGUAUGGGGUUCUUACAGACAGCUACCGCUACCGAGCCAGAAAGCAAAACCUGUCCAGCACGCGUUUGUUAAGCAAUUGGUCCGCAACGAUUUGAGCUCGCUUAAUUGGGUCGAAGGUCCCAUACGUCCCAGUAAUAAUCAACAGGGUCUAGUCAAUAUUGUCUACUCGUCUCUCAACUUUAAAGAUAUCAUGUUGACUACGGGAAAGCUUAUUGUGAAUUCAAACGAGAGACGCGAUCGAUUUGACGAGAUAGCGAUUGGCUUGGACUUUGCUGGCGUUGACGCAGCUGGUCGUCGUGUAAUGGGGAUUUGUGAGAACAGAGGCAUGGCAAACGUUAUCGUAGCCGAUAAAGACUUAUGCUGGUACGUGCCUGACAAUUGGUCGUUGGAGGACGCAGCUACCGUGCCGUGCGUAUACGCUACGUGCUACUACGCGCUGUACAUCAACGGCGAGAUGAAGAAGGACCACAAGGUGCUAAUACACUCCGGUGCCGGUGGCAUCGGCCAAGCGGCGAUACAUCUCGCUCUUCAUGAGGGUUGCGAGGUGUUCACCACCGUGGGCACGCCUGAGAAACGAAAAUUCAUACGCGAGAAGUUCCCGUCGAUCCCGGAUGACCACAUAGGUAAUUCGAACGACACCUCCUUUGAACAAAUGAUACUUCAGCGAACACAAGGCCAAGGGGUGAACCUUAUUCUGAACUCGUUGGCCGAGGAGAAACUUCAGGCGUCAGUUCGCUGUGUGACGAAGAACGGUCGUUUCUUGGAGAUUGGCAAGUUCGAUCUUGCCCAGAACAAUGUUCUGGGAAUGAUGGUAUUCCUUAAGGAGAUCAGUUUCCAUGGAAUUAUAUUGGAUAAUGUGCAUUCCUAUCCGCAAGAGAAGAUGGAACUGAGUAAUCUUUUGGCUGAGGGUCUUAAGAGUGGAGCUGUUAAGCCGCUUGUCAGAACAGUUUUUGAACGAGAGGAGCUAACAACGGCCUUCAGAUACAUGACGACCAGGAAGCACGUAGGCAAGAUAAUAUUGAAGAUCUGCGAUGAGAAGAAUAUUGGGAAGCCUGUUCUCGCUUUACCUCGAUAUUACUGCGACAGCAAGAAAAGUUAUCUUCUUCUGGGUGGGCUAGGUGGUGUCGGAUUGGAAUUAGCUGACUGGCUAAUACUGCGAGGCGCCAGAAAUCUGGUGUUAACGUCGAGGACGGGAGUGAAGACUGGUUACCAGCGUUCGAGGAUCGACCGAUGGAAGUCUUAUGGCGUGAACGUGCUCAUCGUCACGGGCGCCGACGCCUCGAACCACAAGGAUUGCGAAUUUAUAUUGAAAUCCGCAGAGAAGCAGGCUCCGGUUGAUGCUAUUUUCAAUCUCAUUGCAUCGCUCAGAGAUAACAUCUUGAAGAAUCAAACGGCGGAAUCAUUCGAACAGUCCUUCAAGGAGAAGGCUUGGUCGACAAAGCGAAUGGACGAAUUAUCCAGAAAGCUGUGCCCGCAACUUCGACAUUUCGUAGCGUUCUCCUCACUCUUUUGCAGUAGAGGAAAUCCUGGACAGACGAAUUAUAAUAUGGCUAAUUCAGUGAUGGAGAGAAUCUGCGAAGAAAGAGUGGCGGACGGUUUACCAGGAUUGGCCAUUGAAUUUGGUACGAUUGAUGAAGUUGGUAUUGUUAACAACAUGCAAGCCAGCAACAAGGAACUCAUUAUUAACGGUGUUCAACAACAGAGAAUUUCCUCCUGCCUUGAAAAGUUGGAGGAAUUUUUGUUGCAAGAUCAGACGGUAGUGUCUAGCAUGGUGGUGGCUAAGAAGGACACGAGCACUUGUGCUACCAAUAUUGUCGAGACUGUAGCGAAUAUUAUGGCUGUGAGGGAUAUACAAACCGUGUCUCAGCAUACAUCACUGGCUGAACUUGGAAUGGAUUCGAUAAUGUCUGUGGAGAUUAAACAGUCGUUAGAACGAGACUUUGAUAUGUUCCUUACCGCGCGAGAUAUCCGCAAUUUGACCUUCGCUAAACUGGCGGAGAUGCGCAGUAAGGAUGUAGAAGAGACGCAAGAGCAAGGCAAGGGACAAGAGACUGAAGUAUUCGACAUGCACCUGUUGAUCCGAAAAGUGAAUGACGAAAAUAUAACUCCCGAAGUCUGCAUGGAACUCCCGACUAGGAAGGAUUCGCGCAAGGUCGACGUGUUCUUGUUACCGGGAAUAGAAGGUUGCGGACACAUAUUUAAUGCAUUGGCUCCGAAAAUUAGACCUCGAGUAACGUGCUUGCAAUAUGGAGCGAACAAUAUCAAGUCCACCCUAACGUCCAUACCGGAAUAUGCCGAUUACCUUUUACAGUACGUUUUACCAAUAGCGAAACAGAAAAGAAUGUUCUCCUUAGUUGGAUACUCUUAUGGCGCAUUGAUCGCUCUCGAAUUAGCGAAAAGAUUGGAAGAUCAUAACUUGAAUGGCCGAUUAGUGCUGAUUGAUGGUGCUCCUCAGUUACUAAAAGCAAUGAUAGAGCAAUUCAUGCCAUCUUCCACGCAGGAAGAGCUUCAAAACAACGUUUUGCUCAGCAUUAUGGAUAUGUUACAACCCGGUGUGAGCGGAAAGCUACUUCUAGCUCUCGAGAAAUGCGCGAAUUGGGAAAAGAAAUUAGAUAGCUUCAUUUCGCAUAUUCCUCGUGACAGUGUGCCGCUUUCCGUCGAGAAUCAGAGAGCGCUGUGCACAACGAUUUACAGACACGUUGUCGCUCUCAAAAAUUAUGAUCCUUCGGCUUUACAAUUACGAACGCCCAUAACACUUUUGAAACCUACGAAACCAUCUGUCCCCUUGGCCUUGGAAGAAGACUAUGGUCUACGCAAGAUCACGCGAGACAAAGUGGAAGUGCAUUACAUCGAAGGCAAUCACGUUACAAUGGUAGACAGUGACACAGUUGUAACCGUGAUCGGUGGAGACCCAAUCGAGGAUCCUAAACUAUUUAAGAAGCUUAUACUGGAAGACAGACCACUUGAAGAGGAAGACCACGAGGAGCGCACGAGGACUUGAGCAGAAAAACCUACAGCUUUAUUUCUUAGAUUUUUCUAAAGAAUUCAAUAAGCGUACUGUAUCGUCAGAUGCAUUAUUUUGAACGUCUUUAUUGCAUAUUUGUCUAAAAAAUAAAUGUUAAAUGCAUCUCACAGUUUAAAUUACAAGAAUUAU